GUGGAACACUAGCACUUGUCUCACGGAUCGCUUCUUCUAUCUCCUCCCGUUCCGUGUGCACACUUGCGCCAUUUUUAUCUCUCUCCGACGCCGAGGCAAAGUUUCCCAGCAGCCCGGAUUAUAAGGCAAUGCGCAAAGGAAGAAGCUGCCUAUACUUCAUCAAUAACAAGAGCAAGGCUGUCUGUUCUUGUAGGAGAAACCAUUCCAAGGACUUCCACUAUCUGAUGGGAUGCAGCAAAGAUAACAAAGACGGAUCGAUAUAAGUUGAAGAGUCUCAGUUCACCAUCAUUCAAACCCUUGCGCCUACCUUCCGUUGGUAUUCAUCACCAUGAAACUAUUAAGCACCAUCACACAUUGCAAAUAAUCAAACAUCCCAAAGGUGAUUUCGAUGCUUGCACUUGAUGGAGCAAGGGAACCACUUGUUCAAGCACAUAUGUGUCAUCGUGUUAAAAUGCCGCUCAAGUCUCUAGGCAGGCCAAGCCUUUCUCCAGUUACCAUGACCGUAAAAGAAACUAAUACACACGAUAGUCUGUUAAUACCCGGUUUGCCAGAAGACAUGGCGAAGAUAUGCCUCGCUCUCGUCCCUCGGAGGCACUUCCCUGCCAUGGGUGCAGUGUCGAGGAGGUGGAUGUCAUUCAUCGGCAGCAGAGAGUUCAGUGCUGUCAGGAAGGAGGUUAUGAAGAUUGAAGAGUUGGUUUAUGUCCUUGCUGCUGAAGCUGGAGAAAAGGGAUGUCGCUGGGAGAUCUUGGGGGAGCGCAAAAACAGUGCAAUUCCCCCUAUGCCUGGACUGACCAAAGUUGGGUUCGGUGUGGUGGUUCUCUAUGGGAAGUUGUAUGUCAUUGCUGGCUAUGCUGCUAUCCAUGGGAUGGACUACGUUUCUGACGAUGUUUAUGAGUACGAUGCUCGGCUCAACAGGUGGGGCGCCCUUGCCAAGAUGAAUGUUGCGCGUCGCGACUUCGCCUGCGCUGAGGUCGACGGCACGAUAUACGCUGCCGGUGGAUUCGGCUCCAGUGGCAACAGUCUGUCCAGCGUCGAAGCAUACGAUCCCCAGCAAAACAGAUGGACACUGAUCGACGGCCUUCGCCGGCCAAGGUGGGGCUGCUUCGCCAGCGGGUUAAGCAGCAAACUGUACAUAAUGGGCGGCCGCUCGAGCUUCACGAUCGGCAACUCACGCUUCGUUGACGUCUACGAUCCCGGCCGCAGCCGAUGGGAGGAGAUCAAGAGAGGCUGCGUCAUGGUCACAUCGCACGCGAUUGUCGGCGAGGCCCUGUUCUGUGUGGAAUGGAAGAACCAGCGCUGCCUCUCGGUGUUCGACCCUUGGUAUAGUUCGUGGAAGAAGAUUUCGGUGCCGCUCACAGGUAGUUCAAGCACCAGAUUCUGCCUUGGGGCGCGUGGCGGGAAGCUGCUGCUGCUGUCGCAGGAGGAAGAUGAUGGGUAUCGGACGAUGACGUACGAUCCGGCUGCGGCGCCAGGCUCAGAGUGGGGAACGUCAGAGCUCAAGCCGUCCGGGUUGUGCAUGUGCAGUGUGACCGUUCAAGUUUGAUGGUUCAGCGAGGCCUAUACAACACAAGAACUCUUUAAUGCACUGGAGCAAACUAAUUUGUACAGUUUUGAAACAUUAAUCUAUGAUCUUGUUUUACCAA